UUGGUGACAUAGGCUACUACUUCCUCAUUCAAGCCCAAUUCAAAGUUGAACAGUAAUAAACUGCUAUAUACAGCUGAGCCAUUCUGGCUUUGGCAUAUAUAUUUCUUAUCUUCAUUCAGGUAACUAUUUGUGGUUUAGUUGUUUAGAAGUUGCUACAGUGAAUAAUAACUUUACAUGUUGAUGGAAUACAAGUAUAUUACACCAUAAUGACUGCAUUGCUGUUUAAAGAUGCCUUUUGGGGAGCUGAUUUCACUAAUAAUACGGGCUAUGAGGUUAUCAUGCAGAGAUUAUGCGAUGGGAGGCGGAUGUGCAAAGACAUGGAGGAACUGCUUAAAAUGAGGGCCAUGGCAGAGGAGAAGUAUGGCAAGGACCUUGUGGCAAUAGCCCGUAAAGCUGGGGGACAGUCAGAGAUUAGCACCUUAAAAGCCUCCUUUGAUCAACUUAAAACACAAAUUGAAAACAUUGGGAAUCUGCAUAUCCAGCUAUCUGGAAUGUUAAGGGAAGAGGUCAAGAAGAUGGAAAUAUUCAGAGAGCGUCAGAAAGAACAGAGGAAAAAGUUUGAGGGAAUAAUGGAGAAGGUCCAGAAGAUGAAGGUGUCCUUGUACAGAAAAACCAUGGAGUCUAAGAAGGCCUAUGAGCAGAAAUGCAAAGAAGCGGAUGAUGCAGAGCAGGUCGCUGACAGGUUCGGCUCAUCAACAACCUCCAAGCAGUCGGAGAAGGUACAACACAAAGUCAAGCAAUGCAGACAAGCUGCCACUGAAGCAGGGAACCAAUACUUGUCGAAUAUCGAGCAGCUUGAGAAAGUGCGUCAUGACUGGGAGGAAACACACAAGAGCACGUGUGAGGUGUUUCAGCAGCUAGAGGCAGACCGCAUUACUGUCCUGAGAUGUGUAAUGUGGGACCACUGUAAUCACUUCUCCAUGCAGUGUGUCAAAGACGACGAGUCUUACGACGAGGUGAGGAAGAUUCUGGAGAAUUGUGACAUCACAGUAGAUAACAACUGUUUCAUAGAGAUGAAGACAACAGGUUCAAGUCCACCAGACCCAGUUGUGUUUGAGAACUACUAUGACAGGGAGCCGUGGCCAACCGGGGACAGCAAUGGCAGUGCUCGCUUUGGAGGUGGAGGGGUUAUAAAAAGGUUUUCCAAUCUCUUGCCACGGAAUUCUGGUUCGAAGAUGAGCAUCAGUGAUGGUUCAAAUGUGCAUUCAUUAGCGCCACCUAGUGUUCAGACAGUACCUGACAGCUCAGAUGGAGUGUAUGCAUCCAUACCUGGCUUCCAGCCCGCAGCGACAGCAACUGUGCCUGCUGUGACAACUGACGAGGAUGAGGAUAACUUCAUAGUGCUCUACAAUUACUCUGCACAGGACCAAGAUGAGCUGUCUGUCUCUGUAGGUGAAGUGGUAGUGGUAAUAGAACAGGGUGAAGACGGCUGGUGGACAGUGGAGAGGAACGGACAAGCUGGACUAGUCCCUGGCUCAUACCUAGCCAAAGUCCAAACUUAGAGACAUUCAUUCAUUCAUGAACAUACAUGUAUAUAUAGAGAUAUAUUUCAAUGCAGAGUACACCCUCUGAAAUGUUUCUGUCUUAGCUGACAUUGAUAUUACAGACAAAGUAAAAUAAUUGAACAAACAACACUGGAAAACUACACCUUUUCAUAAUUUAUUUAAUUAGAUCCGAAAUGCAAUUUUCUUAGGUGAAAAUAUUAGUACGCCCCUACCGUCUUCAUUCAAUCAAUUGGCAAAACAGGUGUC